CCACAAUUUGGGCGUUGAUCUGCAUGGUGGACCUAGCCGGCCCGGUUCCUCUUUUUUUUUGCCAUGACUCUCUGUUUAAAGGAGAGUAUUUCAUCCCCGAAGCUUCGCCCUGCGUCAAAGAGAUUCCGUCCACUGUCAAAACCUGCCACGCUGAAGUUUACAAUCCGUCCGCCGACCUCACCCCGUUAACCAUGUACACCUGCCAAACCUUCGUUUCAACGUUCCACACCACCUACUUCUUCUUCGGAAGCAAAACCCACUCUAUCGAAACCGUUUCGGGCAUCGCCCCGUCCCCUGGAUCUUGUCAAGAAUGGAAGCACACGCUGAAUGCUCCCAACUAUGGCCCGCUAACCAAAAUAGCGGGAAAUCAGUACUCGACUACGAAUAGGGUCAAGUUAGAAUACCAAUGGCCCACCAGUGUCACAAAAUCCAUAUACAAUGCACAAAUAACGCGAGCGGUCGGGUACUACGACCCUAAUCGCAAGCGGCUGCGAAGCCCGAUGGGCAUCCUUAGCAAAUGCGACGUCCAUCACGGGUUCUGUACGGUUGGUACACGUACCUAUAUCUGGAAGGUGCCCAAGCUCAUUGAUUGUCCGAAAACCAAACCCAUGGGCAACCACGCCCUUACCCUUCAUUUCAGCGACUCCCCCCGCCCUUACCGCUUAGAAAUCCGAGAAUUGGGAAUGAGUAUCCAUUCCAAAUCCACUUGUCCUCCCCAAACGACGGCUUGUUAUUCUAAAGAUGCCCUGUGCGACGCGGCGGGCCUAAUCAUAGUCCCGACAAACUGCUCCGCGGCUGCCUGGCUGCCGAGUGACGGCAGGAUCGCGUCUCGGCGCCGGAAUGGAAAUCCGACAGCUAACAUGAUAAAUGAGGUUUCGGACACCAUGGUUGAAAGUCUCCGCAAUAUGACAUCGGACGUGCAUUAUCUAGAAUGUACCGUGCAAUCACUACUAUCCACUUUAUACACGCUCGUCUCUAGGCAAUAUCCCGGAGAGGCGCUGAGCGAAAUCUUAGGCGGUCGGCGUGCCGCUAUCACGGUGGGUGAUCUAAUGACCGAGAUCACCUGUGAGAAAAUUAACGGGACCAUUAUGCUGUCACUCAAGCACCACAAACUCUUCGCCACUCGCCCGCUUAUUCGCUACAGAGAUGCCACCGGAAAACCGCGUAUAGGCCAACUUUACCGGGACGGAUUCGUUUAUGCCUCCGUCAAGUUCGUCGAAAAAUACAACCCAGGCAGGGUGAUGUCGUUCAAAAUCCUCGAUUCCUUUUAUCUUUUUGAGAACUACACGCUUUCACACGUGGACCCAAAAAUCAAUUACGUCACUCCGUCUCUGACACCAGUUCAAUUCCAGCAUGAAACGCUAGAUUAUGAAUCGCUCAUGAACGAGUUUCCGGAAUCUGCGGGUGGAAUGGACGACUUAACCUCCAUGCUAGCCACGUUAAGUCAAGCCAAACUGUUCCAUAACAAGUUCUAUCACUACCUGGAUUCAAAUUCAAACCCAACCAUCAGCGCUGAUAUGGAAUAUGUCUCGAGUACGCUCGAUGCUUCAGCCAAAAACAUUUUUCUGAACGUGAUCAGCUCCAUCACCUCCCCAGCUUGGACCUGUGUGAUCAUGGCUGCCUUGACCCUCGCGUGUUUUUGGGGGGUUUUCCUGACUAUGUGGGUUGUUAAAGUUUACGGUGCGGCCAUAUUUUUCGCCGUCCGGGGAAGAGUCCAAGGCGUCCCCCCCCCUAGCCCCAACGCCCCUGCUAACGAUUAAAAUUAAAACGCGCUGUAAUGUACGGCAGGGGGGCGCCACCCAGAACACCGAGCACAUGUUACGGUUGCGUGUCGUGGUGUACCAGAUUUUUGUGUUCCUGCUUAUACGUUCGUAAUGCUUUUCACCCGUACAACUUUUGUAUAGCGUCCGUGUGAUGUAGAGGCUGUGUGUCAUGAUUGUGUGUAAUAGGCCUUGCUAUGGUUAUGCAACGUAUUCCAAUUCGGUAGGCUCUCACCGAUGUGACAUAUUUUUCAGACGUCGACAGCAAGUAACACGGAGACACUACACGGCCCCACCCCCUAGAUCAGCAACUGCGCGACAAAAACAAGUCAAUCCUCAUGACCUAUGACAACGGGCGUCAGUUCAACGAUCAUGAACGACAAGAACCCAACGUCUCAACAGCGACCUUGGCAAUCGUAAAGCAACAUAAAACAAUAGAAUCCGAGAUCACAACGAUCACCGCGACGCCAGAGGUUCGAAAAUCCGGAGGAACGAUCGCGCAGAUUGCAAGUACUGUAUAUGAAAACAUUUUGUGCGGGGGAUGCCUAUGUAGUGAUCGACGUGUGAAAGCGGGCGAUAAGAAUGUUACCGUUGUAAUUCCACGCUUACCGAUGUUGUAUGUUUACUGGUUUAAUGAUAUUGUGUGAGUCCACGUACCGAUAUUGCCUGACAACGGAAACUGUCACAAUUUCCUAGCCGUUUCCUAAUUAAGAUGCGUGGCUGCUGGCAGGAUUUAUCGUUGUAAAUUGUGUGUGAACUAUGCUCAAUACCCAGACAUUGUAUCUGUAGUUACGUUAUGUGUGACUGGCGGUAAGCCUGGAGGCUGACGUGUUCCCUUCUUCUCACAACUCUCGUCUGUAUAAAAGAUGGAUGCGCCAU